GUUAAUGGUCAAUGGCAUUGGGUAGCUUAACAAACUCACAACCUAGCUACCUUUCUUACCAUUCAAGCUCUGAAGAGCUUCGUUUUCUGUCUCCUAGGGUUACGGUUGAGGCUGCUUGUCGAUGGGGCAACGGUCGCUGAUCUACAGCUUCGUGGCUCGUGGGACGGUGAUCCUCGCAGAGUAUACCGAAUUCACCGGAAACUUCACCAGCGUAGCUUCGCAGUGCCUCCAGAAGCUUCCCGCUACGAAUAACAAGUUCAUUUACAACUGCGAUGGCCACACCUUCAACUACCUCGUCGAUGAUGGAUUUACUUACUGUGUGGUCGCAGUAGAGGCUGUUGGUCAACAGAUUCCAAUUGCCUUUCUUGAGCGGAUCAAGGAGGAUUUUACUAAGAGAUGUGGUGGAGGAAAAGCUGCAACAGCAGUUGCUUGUAGCUUGAACAAGGAGUUUGGGCCCAAAUUGAAGGAGCACAUGCAGUAUUGCGUGGAUCAUCAGGAGGAGAUCAACAAGCUUGCUAAAGUUAAAGCUCAAGUCUCAGACAUUAAAGGAGUUAUGAGGGAGAAUAUUGAAAAGGUCGUUGACAGUGGAGUGAAGAUUGAAGUUCUGAUGGAUAAAACACAGAAACUUCAGUCUCAGGCACAAGAACUCAGGCAGCGGGGCGCCCAGAUGAGGAGGAAGAUGUGGUUGCAGAACAUGAAGAUAAAGCUAACAGUUUUGGGUAUCUUAGUCGCGCUUAUUCUCAUUGUUGUUCUAUCUGUUUGCGGAGGCUUCAAUUGUUGAUGGUUCCUCUUCGCGCCCUAUUUGAACCGUCUUCAUGACUAAGGAUUGGAGUUCCUGUACAGUUUUGCAUUACCCGUCCUGUCACAAUUAUUUUUGUCUGCUAUCUCACAUUUUGAUAUAGCGCCCUAUAUUAUAAGACAGUGUUUGUAUUGUCUGUGUGCAAACUCUCUCUUCUACUCUUUUGACGUGUGGAAGGUAUUCGGUUCAUUUAUUCAAGAAUUAUUCUUUGAUGUUGAAACAAUGGAAAAUUGCAACCUAGUGCCAUUCAUUCCAGAUUUGUUGUCAGCAGUGGUAGUAUUCAUUUUGUCGAAGCUCGUUAAGAUGGAAAACUAUUUUGCCACU